AUGCAUCAGCCCGUUGUUGCUAAAUAACUGAGACGAUAGUAUAUUGCUUAAAUAAAACAAUGCCUAAGGUAAAAAGGAGUAGGAAACCACCUCCAGAUGGUUGGGAGCUCAUAGAGCCAACCCUUGACGAACUGGACCAGAAAAUGCGCGAAGCUGAAACCGAGCCACAUGAGGGCAAACGUAAAGUUGAGUCUCUUUGGCCAAUCUUCCGACUUCAUCACCAACGCAGCCGUUACAUUUUUGACCUUUUCUACAAGAGAAAGGCCAUCAGUCGAGAGCUUUAUGAGUACUGCAUCAAAGAGGGCUAUGCAGACAAAAACUUGAUUGCCAAAUGGAAGAAACAGGGAUAUGAAAAUCUGUGCUGUCUGCGGUGCAUUCAGACGCGCGACACAAACUUUGGAACAAAUUGCAUAUGCAGAGUUCCCAAGGGCAAGCUGGAAGUGGGUCGUAUCAUUGAGUGCACUCACUGUGGAUGCAGAGGAUGUUCUGGAUGAGGCAAAGGGGAAACGGCUUACUGAGCUUUGAUUUGUAUUUUUAAUACACUUAAUGGUGUUAUUACUAUGUUGGAUCUUUUGAAAUAAUAUGAUUGUUUAUGUAUGUUUUGACUUUUUUUUAUUAAACUGCUGUAUCUUAAUCAUUCUG